AUGUCCGGGCGCGGGAAGCAGGGCGGGAAGGCGCGCGCCAAGGCCAAGUCGCGCUCGUCGCGGGCCGGGCUGCAGUUCCCCGUGGGCCGCGUGCACCGGCUGCUGCGCAAGGGCAACUACGCGGAGCGCGUGGGCGCCGGCGCCCCGGUGUACCUGGCGGCCGUGCUGGAGUACCUGACGGCCGAGAUCCUGGAGCUGGCGGGCAACGCGGCCCGCGACAACAAGAAGACGCGAAUCAUCCCCCGCCACCUGCAGCUCGCCAUCCGCAACGACGAGGAGCUCAACAAGCUGCUGGGCAAGGUGACCAUCGCGCAGGGCGGCGUGCUGCCCAAUAUCCAGGCCGUGCUGCUGCCCAAGAAGACCGACAGCCACAAGGCUAAAGCCAAGUGAGCACCAAAGAACAGGCUGCAGGCUUUCACCAAGAUA